GUUGGGGAAAUCAUUUAAAAGUUGUUUUUAUUCGCCUGACUGGUUGGAUGAGAAGAAGACAAAAAGAAAUUGAAGUAGGACGUCGAACCUUUUCUGUUGGUGUUUGGGUGUGGAGCGAGCGAGCGAGCGAGCGAGAGAGAGGACCGUUAGUCGAAGUCAUGGUGAUGUGAGGCGGCCAUUCGGCACUGACUUUGGUUCUAUGGAGGCGAUCAUCGAGGGGGACUCGCUCCUUUACUUUGCUGCUAGUUUGUACCAGGGUUGGCUCCGAGUUUACGAUGUAAGAGGUCCACUCACACAUAGGAUAUCAUGUGGAAAAUCGCAUCAUGGACGUGCAAUAUGGAACACCAAAUUUUGUGUUGUCACGGAUGGUCAGUUGCUAUUGCUGGACAAAGAAGAGAUUCAUCCAUUGCUGCUGCAAGAACGGCGAGCAGAGUCAUGUAGGGCAAGGCUACUACGUCGAACUGUUAGUGUUCCUUCUGAAAAUCAGUUUCCAGAAUGUCAACCAGUUGGAUCAGAGGAGCAUGAUUCUCCAAUUGAGAGACCUGGCCGGAGACGCAGCAUGCCGGGGAACGCUCCAGAGGAUAACCCCACCGUGGAACCACCCACUUCUGCAUCCUUCCGUAUGACGGUAAAACUGCUUGAAAAUUUAACAACUAGGCUGAGACUAUUUGUUUGAAUUUAUAUCAUUGAAAAUUUAAUUUACCUGGUCCAAUCUCACUUAUGUGACCCUGGGCCACUUUUAACUCCCCAGUCGUAUAUUAAAUCCACCAGGUCCAACUUCUGCCUUAAUUUGUUAUCAAUGAUGCCAGCUUGGUGGAUGGGAUUCAAGAGAGUACAGCCACGCAGUCUCAGAAACAACUUGCAGCAAUGUGUAAAAGGGUGGAACAGCUUGCGCUAGAGCAGAAAGGGCAUUAAACAGAUGAAGUGUGGAACCUUAGGGCUUUAGUUUUAGUAAUUAUGUAUUGGUUAAGAGUGCACCCCUUUCUUACUCACUAGGAAACUAUUUAUGAAAAAAUUAACUUGUCUGCCCUCUUCUGGUCUGUUCGUCUUUCACAUCUUGCGCUCUGCCAAAUGAAACUACAAGACUUAAAAAUAUAUUCCGAACCCACUGUUGUUAAACACAACAUUUGAAUUUAUGUGUUUUGAGGGCCUGUCUUGCUUAGUGCAAGACCAGUGAAGGUCAGAUGAAAGGUCCCAACAAGGAUAUGAAACUCUUGCACACUGUUCUCACCACGCACAUUUCUUGCUGUCCUACUGUUUGGCAUUUGUUCCAUCUGUCUAAAAUGCCUUGAGAUAUUUAUUUGCUAUGUCAUAUAUCUGCAAAUUUCUGUUGUUACCUUGAUUUAUGGAAUAGUCAAUAGAUCCAGUCUGCCUUACCUGUGCAGUCUUGUAUUUAUCAAUUUUCUAAAUAAUUUGGACAUGAAUAGUACUUUUCAUCAUGGAUUGUAAUGCAAGUUCAGAAGUAUAAGAACCCAAAUGUGGUGUUAUAUCUGUGCACGAAAUGUUAUGUUUUAUUCUCCAAAAGUAAAAGCCCAGUAUUGAAAAUAUCAAAAUCAACUCUGCCUGAUUGAAAAAUAGGCCUGGAUUUUCCGCUGACUGGAUUGUUUGUAAGAUAUAACUAAACAAAACACUUUAUUGAGCUAUCUGAAAAGAAAAUGGCUUUAAUGAAUUCAUAAUCAGUACAAACAAGUUUUCAAGAAGAAAUAAUACUCUGGUAAGGGCAUAAAAUAAGAGUAUGAUAAUAAAAUAGUUUAGAAUGUCAGCCAGUCAGCACAAAUACUUUGAGAAUUGAAUUCUGAAAAAGAACUUUCACAUUACAUUAGCAAAAAAAAACUUUAGUAAACUUGUGCUGGAAGUGAUUCAUUUUUUGCAUUUGUCUCAAAUCAGGUGGACAUUGAUCAAUAAAGAUUAGUUUACAUAAAACCCUUAUUGCUUGUGCUACAUUAGAACUUAUUGGCACAACCAAUUCUCAAAAUGCAAAUCACAUCAAAAUUAUCUAUUUCAAAACUGGAAAAAAGUCAGUUAUGAUGGGCAUUGGAAGAGUUUUAAUUUUGCACAUUUGACAAUAUCUUCUGACAAGUGUAUUUAAACAGUGAAUGUGCAUGUCAGACAUAUGAAGUAUCUCGAUGUGUGCAAAAUUGGCAAAUCACUGGUGUUGAAAAUCAGUAGGAUCUAUGGAAAACUGCAGAUGCUGCAAAUCUGAAGUAGAAAUAAUUAGCAGGUCAGGCAAGAGGGAAACUGUUUCACAAAUGUUGGCAGACAUGCUGAGUAGUUCCAGCAUUCUCCUGUUAUUUGGGAUUCAUAUAAAUUUUAAUGCAUCCCUUGCUAGAUGUUGGUUUCUCUAAAUUAUGAGACAAAUUUUUGUUACAUGGUAUCAUCAAAAUGAUUAUUGAAUUCAGAAUAGGCAUGCUGAGUUGAGCUCAAAUCUUUUAAGUGUUUAUUGUCUUUUGAAGUACUCCUAAACUGAAAUUUAUCUUCACGAUGCACAUUGAUGAUCACACAGGCCCUUAAAUCACAAGCCGGUUUAAAGUAGCCUUCAUUAAAGCUGAAAAAUAAAUGGCCAUUCUAACAUCAUGCUGCCAUUUGUACCAAAAUCAAAUGCUUGCAAUCUUUUUAUUCAUUGCACCUUAUUAAAUGGUUAAAAUAAAUAUAUAAUCAUAACAAUACACCCUAUUGAAAUAACUUGGAUUACAGCUGCAGGCAUUCUCCUUUGGAAAAAGGUAACUGUAUAAAGUAUUUUGUUUAGUUAUAUUUUACAAACAACUCCUUUGUCACUAAUAACACAGUGAAACAGUGCAAUAAUGUCAACUAGAUUAUCCUGUUGGAUCAUAACUGAUCUAUAAUAUUGAUGGCAAGGAGAUUUGUGUU